AUGACGCCUGUAGUCUUUGUCUUGUGUGUAUCAAGCAGCAACUCCCACAAUCGCCAGCCAGCCAGCCAGCUAAGAGCCCGCGCUUGGAUAUCAAAGACCAGAGCCCACGCCACGCACCACGUAACAUGCAAGCAAGUCCAGAACUAUUACUUACUUCCUAUGCAGUUGGGCCGAACCAGCAGCCAACUUCCCUGCCUGUUUGCUUGCCUGCCUGCCUCCCUCACCGGCAAGUUCCCUCCCCAUGAUUCUCAAAAGCGAGGUUUCGAGUUCCGCCACAAAGCCCACCUCCCCCGUCGCCCCCCUUCCUCUCCACCCUCCCACGUGAAAUGCAAGCCCACUGCAGCUCCCCCUCGCACUCCGGCCAGUCACAUACGGUAUCGAACCGUAAAAUGUCCUCGUAUGUAG